AUGUGCUACUACGGAGGCUACUAUGGAGGCCUGGGCUACGGCUAUGGCUCUGGUUAUGGCUGUGGAUGUGGCAGCUUCCGUGGCCUAGGCUAUGGCUGUGGUGGCUACGGCUAUGGAGGCCUGGGCUAUGGUGGCUAUGGUUAUGGUGGCUAUGGAGGCCUGGGCUAUGGUGGCUAUGGUUAUGGCUGCUACCGUCCAUCUUGCUGUGGAAGGUAUUCUUCCUAUGGCUUCUACUGA